UAUUCUUUUAUCAUGAUAAUUUCAUUAUAUAUUUUUUUUUAAUUUUAAUUUUGAAUUUAUUGUUGAGACGUGAGUACCUACUGCCUACAAAAGUACAGAUACAUUGUUUCAUGUUUGCAAUUUUAAGUUUAGUACAGUUCUAGUGAAUUCUUGGGUUUUUUUUCUAUUAUAUUAUUAUAAUAUACUAAACAUGCCAAGCUGUAUAACUUGUGGAAGAUCAGUUAGUAAAAGUUCAAAAUCAGCAAAUAUAACUUUUCAUAAGUUUCCAUCUAAAGAAAGUGUUCGAGAAAAAUGGAAUAACUUCUUAUUAGAAAAUGCUGUGAGUCCUGAAAAUGUGCUUAAGACUAGUGUAAUUUGUUCCCUCCAUUUUGAACAGUCGUGUUUUGUGUUGGACAAAAGCAGAAAACUGUUAAAUAAGCAUAGUUAUCCAUCUAUAAUUUUAAAUCGUAUAAAAGGCGCCAAAAAAAUGUGUGAUGAAACUGUAACAAAAUAUCCUAUGACUUAUGAAGCAAAACCAAAUAGUUCUUCAAACAUUUUAAAAUUAGUUAAA